CUGUUUCUGCUAGUUCUUCUAUGGCUAAUGUAGUAGAAGCGUUAGAUUCUCGAAUGCAACAAGAAGCUAUGAAUAAGAGUUUUAUAGCUUGGAAAUACAAGUUAACAAUAUAUCAACAACCAUUCAUUGUAGAGAACUUUUUUAAUGAAAUAAAUGACUUAAUAAAAAAAUAUUUUUCACCACGAAUUAUUGAAGCGAUCUAUACACAAAUGUGCGAAUCUGUACUAUAUAAAUGUGAAAAGGUACCUAAUGAAGAAGCCUUUGAAUUUAUUGAAGAUCAAUUAAGCAUCGCUAAAGGAUUUAAAAGGUUCCAAUCUGAUAAUUUACAAGAAACGUAUCCUAUUCCUAAGCAUUAUAAUAAUAUGCAAGAAAAAGAUAAUGAUCAAAAAGCAUUAGACGAUAUUAUAUUGUCUUAUAUUUCAGAAAAAGAAGCAAAUCAGAAAACAGAUAUGCAACUGAAUCAAAAGGUUCUAAAAGAAAAUACGGGUUUAAACUGCGAGAUUAGAUUGUCUAAUAGUCAUAUAUAUAAUGCGGAUAAUGUAAAAGAUCCAAUAAAACGUCGAGGUAAAGGCAGACCCCCAAACAAGCAAAUAAAAGGUUAUACUGAAAAAAAUAAAGUAGAUAGCCAAAACCAAAGUAAUAAUGAUAUAAUUGAUAAUGAUAAUUCUGGUGAUCGUAAAUGUG